AUGUUGGGUACGCGAGCAACCACCAAGAAAGGCCAGUCGUCUGAAAGCAGUAGUGAAUUGGGGGCAGAAGGGGAGUCCGAUAUGGACAGUAACGUUUUGCAGCUCCGAAAGGAACUAAUGGAGUUGGAGAUAGAAAAGCUUAAACUAGAGAUGGAAGUGGCUAGACUUGCCAGGGCGCAGGACGUCACGUCGGGAGCCAGCGCUGCGCGAACGGAGGGGGACGGGGUACUUAGGUACUCGCAGAUUGUAAGGGGCGUAUUGUCCAACAUGCCAGAGGCCGAACCGUUGGUGCCUUCGUGGUUCUCCGGGGUGGAGAGUAUGUUCAAUAGCCUUCACGUGCCGGAAAGCAUCAGGGGCGCAAUGAUCCUCCCUUUCCUCACGGAGAGAAUGAGAUCGGUCGCAAACCGAAUCGCUGCUGACGCGAUGCCGUCGUACGACGACUUAAAAGGAGCGAUGCUUGAGGAGCUUCAACUUGCUCCAGCGGAGUAUCGGGAGCUGUUUUACAAAACUAGAAAGGACGAAAAGGAGUCCUGGGGACAGUUUGCAUCUCGGCUGGGCGAUUUUCUUGGAUAUUAUUUGAAAAGUAGCGAGGUGACAUCUCUGGAAAUGCUGAGGCAGCUGCUGAUAGCUGAUCAGCUUAAGCGCACGAUGCACCGAGACACGAGAGCAUAUGUCGACCUGAGCGAAAAAGGAAAAUGGUUACCGCCCGCAGAAGUGGCCAAACUUGCGGUAAACUAUGAACGAACGCAGAAGGAAUCGAGGGCCAAACAGGGGCCACCUUUCCCAAAUCGCGAGGGGAAUGAACCGAGUCUGAAAGAUAAAGGCGUGGCUUCUGGUACAGAGAAAAGAAGCUGCUUCGGAUGUGGGAAGUUGGGGCACAUUUGGGCCAGCUGCCCAAAGCCUAAGGAUAAGGUUCCUAAAGGCGGUACCGUUGCUGGUGUAGGGCGCGAUCGCAAGGAACAGCUACGGAGGGUGGUGGCAAACGAGAGGGACAUCGCGACAAACACUCCUAUUGGGUCACGAGUCCAAUUGGUCCCGUUGGUAUCCGAGCAUAACAAAUUCCAGGGGAGGUUGGAUUCGGGGGCGGAUAUCACGGUGAUCAGGCGGAGUGUGAUCCAAAGUGGGAGCCUUGAAACUUCGGGACCCAUUGUUCUCCGCGGAGCCUUCGGUCAGUCAAUAACAGCUGACUUGAUGCACGUGCCGCUGCGGGCCGACUGUGACGAGGCGAAAGCCGAGUUUGAAGCUGAAGCCGGUGAUCUGGGCCCCGACCUGCCCGAGGGGCUCGGGGGUGAGCCAGUAGACUUUGAGGAGAACGAAAUUCAGGCCGAGGUGCAGCUCGUGGCGAGUCCGGCUGAUGCAGGAGAAGGUACAAGCGUAACAGAAUUCCGCAGAGAGCGGCUCAACGACGAAUCACUCAGGGAUGCCUGGAAGGAGGCUGAAAACGGGACACACGGUAUGGUUGUGCGCGAGGGGCUCCUGUAUCACAAAGAUGACGUUGAUGGCCGACAUUGUGAGCAGGUUGUGUUGCCGGCGUCCAGGCGCGAAAAGGUGCUCGAGCUGGCGCAUGACUCCCCGUGGGGAGGGCACUUUUCGCAGAAGAAGACCAAAAAGAGAAUAAAGGGCGCGUUCUUUUGGCCAACGAUGGCUCAAGAUGUCAGGAAACACUGCCAGUCGUGCCAUGCGUGCCAGGUAAAGUCGAGGGCAAACGUACUGGAUAGAGUGCCGAUCACACCGCUCUCGCGGCCUGUGCUACCAUUUCAAACAAUCUUCAUAGAUUGUAUCGGGCCGCUUGACCCUCCUUCGGCAAGGGGUCACCGGUACGCGCUUUGCAUAGUCGACCUGUGUACGAGGUGGGCCGAGGUAGUCUGUCUGAGAUCAUUGACGGCGCAAGCAACAUGUGACGCAUUGGUGGGUGUGUUCGCCAGAUUCGGAGCGCCACAACUAAUCUGCUCGGAUCAGGGCACAAACUUUGUGGCAAAACUGACGCGACUGCUAACAGAGCGGCUGGGGGUGGAGAUGCGGUUCUCGACUCCAGAUCACCUCCAGAGCAGCGGUCUAGUUGAGAGGUGUAAUGGGACCUUCAAAGCCAUGCUGCGUCAUGUAAUUCAAGAUCACAGAGGGCAAUGGGACAAGUACGUUCCAUGUCUAUUGUGGGCGUAUCAUGAGGUACCCAAUGAAACGACAGGCGUGUCACCGUUCAAAAUGAUGUUCGGCAGAAGUCCAAGUGGUCCACUCACUCUACUGAGCAAGCACUGGACCGGAGAAUGGGCGGCUCCCGUGGGACUUAACUCGUCCACUCAGUCGUACCUCCUGCAGCUUAGAAAAAGAAUGAAAGAAUACGCUGAACUGGCGCAGGAUAAUACAGUGGUAAACCAGCAGGCUUACGCGGCACGGUACAACUUGAGAGCCAGGGUCAAGUCCUUUGCAGUAGGAGACCUAGCGCUGAUCCUAGAGAAGGACUCUAGCGGUAAGUUAAAAGGAAAGUGGAUCGGUCCGGUAAAGAUCGAACAGCGGGUCAGAGAGCACAGUUAUGUUGUGAAGCUGCCGGAUGGAAGGGAGCGGCUUGUACACGCGAACAAACUAAGGCGGUACUACGUUAGGAUGAUUGCAGUGGGCGUUGUCUUUGACGCUGACGAUGCGUUCGGCGCACUGGAGUACGUCCCUGCGCGAGAGUCCGGCGGGGCCAAUAAUGAGCCUCAAAUUAAUCGCGCCGCACGCCUGACUGAGAAGCAACACAAAGACCUAACCAGCUUGCGGGCUGAAUUUAGUGGCGUGUUUUCUGAUAAGCCAGGACAGUGUAAGGUGGGCUGGCACAAGAUCGGGAUCGUUGCGGGGACAAAGCCCAAGCGGACGUAUCCGUACAAGAUUCCGAUGAAGCUCAGAGCAGAGGUGGAUCGACAAACAGACCAAUUGCUGGACUGGGGUCUCAUCUAUCCAGUCGAGAAUGCGGAAGCAGCCUUUAACGCCACCAAGGGGAAGUUGGCCGAGGCACCCCAACUGGCCGCGCCAGACCUGAUGAGAGAGUUUGUCUUGACGACAGACGCGUCCGAGUUUGCGGUUGGCGCCUGUCUCUCGCAGGAGAAUGGGGAGGGGAGGGAACAACCCAUAGCUUUCCUGAGCAAAAAACUAACCCCGACGGAGACUCGCUGGGCAACAAUCGAACGAGAGGCGUUCGCGAUCGUGUGGGCGCUAUCGAAACUGGAAACCUGGCUUUUCGGGGCUAAAAUUAAGGUGGUCACGGAUCACAAUCCACUGAAGUACCUCACCCUCACAUCCCCGAGCAGCGCGCGACUCACGCGAUGGGUUGGAAAUGUGGGGAGUCGGCGAGAAGAACCGCCGGGUCGGAACGACACGGCGGGGGGUGCGGAGCGACCCGGCGAGGUGACAAGCGAUGCUGACCAGACGCCCGGGAAAGUGGGGACGAUCCCUGGAAUUUUGGGGGCGCGCGGGAAAGAGGAAGGGAGUUUUAUGCUGAGCAUCGGAGGGGGCAAGACGCCCCCUCCGAGAGGUCUCGCGUAG